AUGCCCCCCAAAUACGGCGUCUACUCCCCCAUGGUGACCUUCUUCCACCCCAACGAAGACAUCGACUACUCCAGCAUCACAAAACACGCCCAGCGCCUCUUAUCCAGCGGCGUCUCCGGCCUCGUCAUCCACGGCAGCAACGGCGAAGCAACCCAUCUGCUGCACGACGAACGAGCCAAGAUCAUCCGCCAUGUGCGGGACAUCGCCAAAGAGUACCCCGAGACAGUAAUCAUCGCAGGAUGCAGUGCGAAUAGUGCCCGCGAGACGCUGUUGUAUAUCAACGAGGCCAAAGACGCGGGGGCAGAUUAUGCGCUUGUCCUGCCGCCGAGUUAUUGGUCUGCUGCGAUGAGUAAACCUGUGCUGAGAGCGUUUUAUGUCGAGGUCGCUGAAAAAUCCCCCCUCCCCCUCGUCAUCUACAACUUCCCCGGCGUGACAUCCAACAUCGACCUCGACUCGGACCUGAUCAUCGACCUCGCAACUUCCUGUCCCAACAUCGCCGGCGUCAAACUCACCUGCGGCAAUCUGGGCAAGCUGCAACGCAUCUCUGCCUCGCUACCUGCUACCUCUUUCGCCCCGUUUGCCGGGAAAGCAGACUUUCUCCUGCCGGGCCUGACUGUCGGCUCGAACGGGGUGAUUUCCGCGCUGGCGAACGUCGUUCCAAAGGUCCACGUUGAGGUGUUGAGGCUCUACCAAGAAGGUAAAAUUGAAGAAGCGCAGGACGUGCAGAGAAAAUUGUCAGUCGCAGAUUGGGCGCUGCUGAAGCUGGGGAUUUCCGGGGUCAAGGCGGCGAGUACCAAGUGGUUUGGGUAUGGGAGUUCGCAACCGAGAAAGCCGUUGCCGUGGGUUGGGGUUGAGGCUAUUCAGGGGGAGGUGGAGAAGGCGUUGCAGGUUGUGGUUGAUAUGGAGAUGAAGUUGUAG